AUGCCAUUUUACAAGAAAGUAAGGGAAACUAUACUACAUCCGGUUCAGGAAGUUCAUGGUGUGCUUAGUCAUCUAAGUGGAUCAACCACUGUAAGCGAGAAAGAGGAAGACGAGGAGGAAGACGAGGAGGAAGACGAGGAGAACAAAAGGGUAGAUGCUGAAAACAAAAAGGUAGAUGCUGAGAACAAAAAGGUAGAUGCUGAGAACAAAAGGGUAGAUGCUGAAAACAAAAGGGUAGAUGCUAAGAACAAAAGGGUAGAUGCUGAAAACAAAAAGGUAAAUGCUGAGGACAAAAAGGUAGAUACUAAGAAUGAGGAUGAGGAUGGGACAAAAUUAGCUGGAGUUGCUAGCAAACCCGCUUCACCGGUUGAAGAGAAACCUUCAUUUUCGGAGUUACAACGACGUAGUACGGAUGAAGAUGACGAUGAAGAUAUUGCACAACCCUAUGGUGAUUCAAGUGGAGGGAAUUUUUUCUCUUCCUUGAUCAAUAAUACUUCAAUAUGUUCAGGAUUUGGAACGCUAAAUAGUUUGAGAAAAUUCAGUAUUGAAGAUUUUUUAAAGAGCCACAAGGAUGACAGUAUACUGCAAGAUCAAGGAUAUCUUAAUCUGGAAAAACACAAUAACCCUAGUUUCCAUUCACUGCAAAUUCACCAAGAAGCUUCGGCUCCGGGUCGUAAUGAUCAGCUUAAUCAACUGCCAAAAAGUUCAGAUUUUGUGCAUAAAGCUCACCCAGUUUAUGCAGAGCGUCAAAGAAAGUCUAGUGACGAAUACCAUCAUACGACAAGCGAGGAUAACGACUACUACGACGACGACGAGGAUGAUGAUGAUGAUGAUGAUGAUGAUGACGACGACGAAUACUAUGAAGACGUGGAUCCAGAGUUUGAGGAGGAAAAAUUUGUCGCUAGCAGAUUGACCCCUACACAAUCAAUGAUUUCAAUUCAACCAGAAAAAUCAAGUGAUGAUAAAACUGCUCGACCCACAACUAAAACAACGGAAGCAGCUACAAGUGUGCCUUCUGACUUGACGUCGUAUUCGACACUAGACAGUGAAUCUACAGUGGGUCCAGAAAGGAAACAACAAAAUAUCACUACUACUCAUACUGCUAGUACAGCAACAUCAGCAACAACAACAACAACAACAACAACAACAACAACAACUUUAUCUGAGAAUAAUGACGCCAAUAAAUUUCCCACACUGAACUCGAAUAUAGAAGCAAAACCGAAUAUAGAAGCGAAACAGCCAUUGUUAAUACAAACACCUUUACAAAGAUCAGUGGUUGAGAAUUUGGACCCACAUAAUAUACGUGAAGGCGUUUUGAUCAAGUUAAAGGGUCAUAAUCUUAAAGAGGAUACCAGUUCAAUGUUAAAUGAUUCCAAAAUUCAAUUACGGUUGAAAAUAGCUGAAAAGUUGAAGAGAACAUUUCGAUUGAAUGAUGAGGAUGUUUUUUAUAGGAAUUACAGUGCAUGGCUUGUGAAAGAUGUUCUCCUCCAAGGUCAUUUUUACCUAACCAGGGAGUCACUCCUUUAUUUUGCCUUUUUGCCUAAACGUUUUAGUUUGGAAGGUUCAACAGACGUUCAAAAUAUGGAUGAUACUUCGAAUAUAAUCAUGAGAGGUAACUUGGGUAUGAAGACUGGGAAAUUUGGUGAUACUACUUUUGCAACUGUUUUGACUCACCGAUAUUGGUCGAUUUUGAGACCGGAAACUUUGACCAUUUAUAGUUCAUCCACGGAUUUGUAUUUCCCACUUUUGGUAAUUGAUAUACGAAGUUGCCUAUAUGCUGAAAUCAUGGACAAAGAGAAGUAUAAAGAGGUUGUUUCAUCGCCCAAUUCUAAAAGUGGUUAUACGUCAGGCAUUAUUACGCCGCCUUCUGUUGAUGACACUACUUCCGAACUACGAGAAAUGCUUAGCGAUGAUGAGUUCAACGCAACAGAAGAUAAUAUCGAUAUGAAAAGUAGCACUUUUUGGUUCAAAUUGGUAACCAAGAAAAAAACAUAUAAAUUCCAGUGUGAUAACUUGUAUUCAGCUCGCCAGUGGUGUAAUAAUUUGACCAAAUUAAUAUUUCAGUUGAAUAAUGCAAAUCUGAGUGGCGAGGUGUUGAUAAAAAUACCUAUAGCGAAUAUAAUAGAAUUCAAAAAGAGAACGUUGUUCGAUGAGGAGAAAGAUGACGAUGUGGAAGAAGACUUGAAUGACAUACCUUUGAGCUUGAGUAUCAAGUAUCAUACAAAUCAGCUCGUUGAGAAGAAAAAGAAAAGUAGUUUUGGUUACCGAAUGAGGAGUGAGCCCGAUGACUUGGACGAAGUCUUUUUCUUGUUCUCCAAGAAUGGAACAGAGUUGUUCAAAUCGAUUGAAGAAAUCUUUGACCAAAAUCUUGCAGCUGAUGACUCCAGCACGAAAAAAGCGGGUCUUUUUUUUAGUGGUUUCAAGAAUGAUAAGGUUCUGUUGCAAAAGUCAAUCUCCACACUAACACCCUCGGCAAACACCUUGGUUCAAACGGUUGUUGAAAAAAACAUGCCCGAUAUGAAAGCAAAAACGACAGACGAGUCAACGUUAAAGAAACUUGGAAAAUCUAUUACUAGACCAAAAACCCUUCUUAAGAUUCCAAACUCAUUUGGAUCGGUUGAUCGAAUGAUUUCAGAGUCACCAACUGAGAGUACUCAUAUCUCCUUACCUCGAGCACUUUCAGAAAAGAAUUUACGUAAGUUGGAAAUAUCAUUUGAAACAACAUUUAAAAAUUUGAAAGACGCAACUUCAAGAUAUGAUGAUUCUGGCAACCAUCUUCCACUUCCAUCAAAUAUUACCGACAAAGAUGCUAAUAAAAAGAACAAGGGUAUUUUGCGUAAAAAGAUAAGAGCCAUUUCAUCAGUUGGCACUAAAUUCUCAGCUAGCCCACAGCAUUAUCUAAAAGAAGAUGAAUAUUUUGUGCACAGCUCUCAUGACCGAGAAGAUGCCUUGAAACAUUUCCAAGAACAUUUUUCAUUGUUUAAUUCUCAGAUAAUUGCGUCUUAUUAUUGUCAUGUAUUGCGAUCUGUGCCUGUUUAUGGAAAAUUGUAUAUUUCCGAUUGUGAAGUUUGUUUUAGAAGUUUACUUCCGGGUGUGUCAACAAAGAUGAUAAUCCCCUUGAUGGAUAUUGUUGGUAUUGAAGCCACUGAUGGGUUCAAGUUGGGGUAUGCUGGUGCCAAAAUAGUUGUUCAAGGCAUAGAUGAGAUGGUUUUUGAAUUUGCAUACUCAAAGUCAAGGGACGACUUUUUAGAGACUUGUUUGGAAAUAUUGCAUAAGCUUCAUAAAAACGAUGGAUUUAGACCCAAACCUUAUGAGUGGGGUAGUAACUAUAAUAUUGAGCUUUACAAAACACGCAUGGGGUAUACUGAUUCUGAACGACAAAACCUAGAAAAGCAGCCGGAUAAUAAGAGAGAUUUGAAGCUUGCUGAACACAGGGUAGCACUAGCAAGAAUCAAAAUGUUUGAAGACAGAUUGAAUGGAGCAUCUGGUUUAGACGUUCCAAUAGUUCUUGAGGAUUCUCCCUUCUUCCAAACGGAAAUGAAACCUUCUACAUCCUACAAUAUUACCCUUCUUACUAUUGGAUCACGUGGUGAUGUACAACCAUAUAUAGCCUUGGCAAAGGGCUUAAUGAGAGAAGGACAUAGAAUUACGAUUGCAACUCAUAGUGAAUUUAAAGAUUGGAUUGAAAAGUAUGGUAUACAAUUCAAGGAAGUUGCUGGAAAUCCUGCGGAGUUGAUGUCUUUUAUGGUUACGCAUAGCACAAUGUCGGUAUCGUUUUUGAAAGAUGCUCAAGCAAGAUUCAAGAAUUGGAUUAAGAAAUUAUUAACAAGUAGCUGGCAAGCAUGUCAAGGUGCUGAUAUUUUAAUUGAGAGUCCUUCCGCCAUGGCUGGUAUACAUAUUGCGGAAGCCUUGUUGAUACCCUAUUUUCGUGCUUUUACUAUGCCUUGGACAAGAACUCGAGCUUACCCACAAGCCUUUUUUGUACCUGAUCAAAAGAGAGGUGGAUCAUACAAUUAUCUUACACAUGUUGUUUUUGAAAAUAUCUUUUGGAAGGGAAUACAAGGCCAAGUGAAUAAAUGGCGUGUUCAAGAGUUAGAUUUACCAAAGACCAAUUUGUACAGAAUGCAACAAACAAAAGUUCCGUUUUUGUACAAUGUUUCACCGUGCGUUAUGCCAUUUGCGACUGAUUUCCCGAGUUGGAUUACAGUUACUGGAUACUGGUUUUUAGAUGAAGGUGGUUCAGAUUACAACCCGCCAAGUGAAUUAAUUAAAUUCAUGGAUCAAGCUGUGGAAGAUGAUAAGAAGAUUGUUUAUAUUGGAUUUGGAUCAAUUGUAGUGAACGAUGCUGAAUCAUUAACGAAGGCUGUUGUUGAAGCAGUUUUAGAGGCCGAUGUUAGAUGUAUUUUGAACAAAGGGUGGUCAGAUCGUGGUCGCAAUAAGGACAAGAAGAAAAUCGAGGUUGAGCUUCCUCCCGAAGUUUAUAAUGCUGGUUCUAUUCCCCAUGAUUGGCUAUUCCCUAGAGUUGAUGCCGCUGUUCAUCAUGGAGGUUCUGGAACCACAGGCGCUACGUUGAAGGCGGGAUGCCCCAGUAUAAUCAAGCCAUUUUUUGGCGAUCAGUUUUUUUAUGGACAGAGAAUUGAAGAUAUGGGAGUAGGCGUUUCCUUGAAAAAAUUGACCAAGAAAUCCUUAGCCAAGGCUCUUGUAACAGUUACGGAAGAUUUGAAGAUUAUGGAAAAGGCCAAAAAAGUUAGUCAGAUUAUUAGUCAUGAGCAUGGUGUACUUUCUGCAAUUGAGUCUAUAUAUUUGGAGUUGGAGUAUUCAAGAAACUUGAUCUUUGCUAAAGGGGUUCAUAAUGAAAAUUACAAACGUCAUCAUCCUGAUUUUAGAUUGCAAACUGAAACUCCCACAGCCGAGGCUUCAGAUGAAGAAGAAGAAGAAGAGGACGACGACGACGGUGACAAUGACGAUGACAAUGACGACAAUGACGACGACGACGACGACGACGACGACGACGAUGAAGAUGAAGAGGAAGAGGAAGAGGAAUCAGAUAACCACAACGACAACGACGAUGACACUAAUAAUAGCACAGACGUUGAGGAUAACGAAAAUUCCGACGUUGAUAAGAUAUAA